UCAGUCACGAAAGACGCAGCCCCGCCCCCCCCGAAGCUACUCCAGAGCUAUCAGGCCCCCCACCCACACUCCGGUGCCUGCGCAGUGGCGCCGCCAUGGCGGGGCAGCUGGAGGCAGUGCGCGAGGUGGAGAUCGACGCGGACGGCACGUUCAAGUACAUCCUGGUGCGGGUGCAGCGCGCUGGGGGCGCCGAGCACCGAGACGUCGUCAGGGGCAACAAAGCGGCCGAGUUCCACAAUCACAUAUUUGAAAAAUUAAAUCCUGAAAUGGAAAAAUUGGGCUUUGAAUGCAAGUGCCUGGGAGGAGGAAAAAUUGACCAUAAUAGCAAAGAUAAGAAACUGCGGGUGUUUGGUCUCUCUACAGGAUAUGGUAAAGCAGAUCAUUCAGUGACUGUAGAAAUACUGAAAAGGGUAUACAAAGACUACGAAAUCACUUGGUCAGAUGACAAGAAAUGAAUCCAACUACUAUGUAAUAUAGCAUCUUAAAUUGUGUUCAAAUAAAUCAGUGUGACUUGUAGUUGAAUAAAAAGAUCAAUAGUGAUG